AUGCAAAAGAAAAUAACCUCUACGGCAACAACUCCAAAAAAAUAUCUCAAAGACACGCAAAAGCCUACUCUCGUUGGAACUGAAUUGCUACCCGGAAGAAAAUAUCAGUUCUACUCCUGUGAUCAUCACCAGCUCAUUUCUAAUGAAUCCUACUUAAGAGCACUCAGAAUUAUGAAUAAUUUCAAAUAUUCUUAUGAUGCGAAAUCAGCAGUUACAGUAGCAGAUACAGUAGCAAAUGCAGAGGCGGAGCUUCCCGGGCGACAAAGCUAA